GUGUGCAAAGGUUGCAGAGCUUUGUCUUCUCCUUCGGUCCAAUUUUAGCUCUGCGAGCACGGCGAGAUGCUCAAGGGCGCAAGAACGCUAAACCAAAGCGAGAUAUGGAAGUGAUACAGCGCUGUGCCGGUCGCGUGGCAGUCAUUGGCGCUGGGCCAGCAGGCCUGGCUGCGGCGUUGGCAUUGAGACGAGAUGGUUUGGAUGUCAACAUCUACGAACGUUCUCCAGAGUUGCGGCCUGGUAUAGGCGGAGGCGUUCAGUUGCAUUCUGGUGCUGCGUUGCUUCAAGAUCUUGGCGUUGACCUGGGCUUUGCUCAGCCUAUGCGUCGAAUCAGGAGCAGGGCUGUGGACGGCUCUGAGCUGCUCAAGCUGGAUUUGCCAAGCUUGAUGGACCGCUUCAAAAUGUUUGUGGGUUCCGUGCGUCAGCCAAGCGGCGAUCCAGCCAGCUGCACGGUGAUGCGUGAUGCGCUCCUGAGAGCCAUUGCUGACCAAUUGCCACCCAAUUCCCUUUUUCUUGGAAAAGAGCUUGAAGAUGUGAAACAAACUUCACACGGCAAAGUGAUUUGUCGUUUCGGAGAUUCUGAGGAGGACUUUGAUUUGGUCAUAGGUGCUGAUGGUAUUGGAAGUCUUGUACGUGGAAUGGUGCUUCAAGAAGUUGACAAGAAGCCGCGAUACACAGGACUUCGCAUUCAAUAUGGUGUCAGAGAAGCUGGAGCAAGACCAACUGGGUGUGAGGAAGAGGUUCAUCAGUGGUUUGGUGAAGGUGUUUAUGCUCUAACAGCCACCUAUGGAGGUCUUGACGGCAAACAAUUUGAAAUGCUUGCUGUGGUCUUCAGGGAUGAUUCUCCAGUGGCGGAGAAUGCAAACUGGAAUCCAGCCGAGGUGAAGGACAGUUGCCUUGAACGACUUCAAGCAGCAGGUCAUGUUGAAGAAGUCCUGGAACUGGCUAAGGGCUGCAAGCGCUACUUUGAGCUUGGCGUUUGCGAGAGGCCUCUUGGAUUCAAUCGUUGGCACCGUGGCCGCGUUGUCCUUGUUGGAGAUUCUGCGCAUGCCAUGCCACCAUUUCUUGGGCAGGGGGCAAACCAGGGCAUCCAAGAUGCUGUUUGCCUGGCCGGUCAAUUGCGCAAAAUUGGUCUCGCGAGUCUGGACACGUCUGAUUCUGCGAAAAUGAGCUCAGCCAUUGAAUCAGCUCUAGCUGCUUACACGGCAAAGCGCUUGCCGCCAGUUGCCUUGCUUGGGCUGGAGAGUGGCUUUCUGGGCCAAGUCGAGACUUUGCCUGGACCUGGAGGGGCCCUUGUGAGAGACAACUUUUUCAGAUUGACUGGAGGAAGUGGAGUUGCAGGCUUGGUUUUCCUCAACGGUGCUAUUGCACGCGUUUGAAAGUGGCAGUUCACGC